AUGUCCAGCAUGUUCCAAAGCCUGCGCAUGAUGGGCAAGUCGCUGUCCAGUGCUGCCGAGGCCGGUGAUGUUGAUGCAGUGCAGUCCCUUUUGUCCAGCAGCGAGACGCCACUACACAUCAGUGCCAACGUGGGCCACGUGGAGGUGAUGCAAACCCUCAUCAAUUAUGGUGCAGAUCCGCUGGAGGAGACCAAGGAUGGAACUUCCCCGCUGGAACUUGCUGCCGGGGUACGUGGCCAGCUGGCUACCAUCGUGUUGGUAAAUGGUUCAGCGCAGCACGAGCGAUUGGUUGAGCUCUUGGAAGACCUCGACAACGCGUCAUCGUUGGAACUGUGCAAUCUGCUGGACACAGAUCGCCGGCCCUCUGAACUAGGGGCCAUUAUCCACAUGGCCGCGGGUCUCUCAGGCUCUUUGGAUGGUGGCAAUGCCGAUGCGAUCGCGUCUGAUGGCCAAGCUGCACCUCGAAUGUCUUCGCUUCGCGCUCUUCGCAACAAGAUUGGAAUGCGCAGUGCACGUAGCAACAGUGACACAGGUUCAGGCCCUGCGAUGGCUGCCGACACCAUGACAGAUGCUGCCAGCACCGAAUCCAACCCAGUGGUCGAGGCAGAAGCGCCGCCCAUUCCGUCACCCUAUCAACCUGAGCCGAAUGAGGAACCCAAGCCUGCUGACCCAGAGCUCGAGGACCCCGAGGCCAAGCCUGAAGCCGAGACCAUUGAGCCCGAGACCAUCAAGUCCGAGCCCGAGGCCAUCGAGCUUGAGACCGUCAACCGCGAAGCGAGCAAGGCUGAGGCGGGUGGCGAUCUCGAGGCAGCCGGCGAACCGUCGACGUCAUCCACCACAGCCCGUGUCGAAACCUCUGAUGAUACAAGCAUCGAAGAUACCAGCCCCGACACCGCUGCCAGUGCCAAAGAGGCCACCGACGCCAAAGCCAGCGCAGCCAUGACUGCGCAGCCAGAUGAUGAAUCGCCACCUCCUGUGCGCGCAUCGAUUUCGAUUCCGCCACCGCCACCUUCGACGGCACCUGCGGCUGAUGCCGAGCAAAGCGAGCGCGCGGACGACGCUGAGACUUCGAGUGAAGGUAGCGGGACGGCCGGAACUCCGCUGGCCGAAGACACUCGGCAUGCUGACGUAUCGAUUCUCAGGGACGCCGAGCCACAGGCGGGGGCAUCAUCGGCCUCGCGCAUGCGCCUCUUCUCGCGUGGUGCCAGUGCCCCGGCCCCCGCAGUCCCACGACCUGUGACCCAUAAGGACUUGCUGAAAGAGGGCCCGCUAUGGAAGAAGCCGCAAAUCCGUACCGGCAAGAUCAAUGUGAACAAUAAGGCACGGUUGCGCUGGUUUGUGCUCCAGGAAACCACGCUGAGCUACUACGACUACUCGCCAGAGUCGACCAAAAAGCGGAUUGGCAAGAUCAAAGGAUGCAUCCCCCUCAACACGGUGUUGCAGGUGCAGGCCUCGCAUGGCGAGGGUGACGAGGCUACGCGGUGUUUUGAAGUCAUUCAAGAAGAUGCGGCCCUUUUCUGUGUGGCGGGUAACAUGGCAGAGCGAGAUGCCUGGGUAACAGCAAUUUGCCGCGCCUGGGCUGCAGCUGAAACGCUGAUCAAGCCACAAAAUCGGCUGCCAAUGCCCGAAUCCACAGAGGGCGAGGCACAGCCUCCGCCCCUGCCGGUGCCAUACGCAGAUCAAGCGACCGAGAACCAAGCCACACGCGAGCGUGGCUUUACUGCCUCGGUCAAGAACCGAGCCAGCCUGAAGGCAUCCGCGUCUCAGUUGGCACGCCAGCAAGAGUUGGAGCGUGAGGAAUUGGGCAUGGUCGACAUGUCAAGUCAGUCGUUGUCGUGGAUCGCGUCCGUAAGCUUUGCGACAGCGGCAGAGCUCUGGCUGCGUAUUCUCAUCGCGCUGCUGUGUGUAGAGCUGUGGACUUCGAGCGAAAACAGCGGCGUCACAUCCGAGCGCGACACAGACGCUGCUAGACCCGAAGAAGCGAGUGCCGCCGAGAAGCCACUCGACCAGUCUGAUAACACCUCGAGCGGAGAGCAUGUGGAGUAG